ACUUUGUAAUCAGAAGUGAGUUAUAAAAAGUGUAUUUAAAGUCACAUCUAACUUGUCAUUAUUAAACUACAAAUGAUAAACGUAAUCCAAAAAAGCAACAAUUAGCUUAUCAAGACACAUUUACAUAAAAAGCACAUGCCCCUCACGGGAUCAAAACAUCCCAACUUACCAAAAUCCGCAAAGUAAUGAUCACGGAGCCAACAAGGGCAUUAUAGUCAUUCCACGUUAUCUGCUACGGUUACGAGAAACUUGACCAGCGAUGAACCCGAGACCAUUGCCGAGCUCUAUUCUGCUCCAUUGCCCAUCACCAUGUGACGACCUUCUCUCUCUAAAUUCUCUCUGUACUCUGAAAAAAACUCUUUUUUUUUUUGUGUGGGUUUCUUAAUGAUUUGUUAUGACCCUGUUGGAUUCAAACCAAACCCACACGAGAGAAUGAUGAGAAGUAGAUCACCGGUUUUGUAAUUCUUUCAACGACUCUUUCUCUACAUUUCUCCCAAAUCUCUGUCUCUUGAGUUUGAUUUAGCUAAAUCAAGCAAUGUCGCUUGACAUAAAGAAACCGAACAUCACCAAGACGAAGAAGAAGAAGACAGGUUUCGUCGUAAAAAUGCAGCUUAAUAACAACAGAGGAGGAAAUAAAAGAAACAUCUUUAUCUUCUUCUUCUUCAGAAACUAUUACACAUGGAUCCUCUGGUUUUGCCUCUCUCUGUAUUUCUUCACAUCUUACUUCUCCGUCGAAGACCAAUCCUCACCGUCGUCAAUACGUCUCUUGUCUAACCACAAAACGUCGUCGUCUCUCCCAUCUCGUGCUCUCAUCGAAUCUUCCGCCAUUAAAACCACCUCCAUUGGUUUGUUCACCGGAAUGAAGAUAUACGUUUACGAUUUACCGGCGAGUUAUAACGACGAUUGGGUUACAGCAUCAGACCGUUGCGCUAGCCACCUCUUCGCGGCGGAGGUAGCUAUCCACCGUGCACUUCUCUCCUCCGACGUCCGUACGUUAGACCCAGAUGAAGCUGAUUACUUCUUCGUCCCUGUCUACGUUUCUUGCAAUUUCUCCACAUCCAACGGCUUCCCUUCUCUAAGCCACGCUCGCUCUCUCCUUAGCUCCGCCGUCGAUUUUCUCUCCGAUCAUUACCCAUUUUGGAACAGGAGUCAAGGCUCUGACCACGUCUUCGUCGCUUCCCAUGACUUUGGCGCAUGCUUCCACGCAAUGGAGGAUAUGGCUAUAGAGGAAGGGAUUCCAAAAUUUAUGAAGAGAUCAAUAAUUUUACAAACGUUUGGAGUUAAGUACAAGCAUCCAUGUCAAGAAGUGGAACAUGUUGUGAUUCCUCCUUAUAUUCCACCGGAGAGUGUUCAAAAAGCUAUUGAAAAAGCUCCGGUGAACGGACGGCGAGACAUUUGGGCGUUUUUCCGGGGAAAAAUGGAAGUCAACCCUAAGAAUAUUAGCGGACGCUUUUACAGCAAGGGAGUGAGAACGGCGAUUCUAAAGAAAUUCGGAGGAAGAAGGCGGUUUUAUCUAAACCGGCACCGGUUUGCUGGAUACCGAUCAGAAAUCGUGAGAUCAGUGUUUUGUCUCUGUCCUUUAGGGUGGGCACCAUGGAGUCCUAGACUAGUGGAAUCCGCCGUGUUAGGUUGUGUUCCCGUUGUUAUCGCCGAUGGGAUUCAAUUACCGUUCUCGGAGACGGUACAAUGGCCGGAAAUCUCACUAACGGUGGCGGAGAAAGACGUGAGGAAUCUACGAAAGGUUUUGGAACACGUGGCGGCUACUAAUUUGUCUGCAAUACAAAGAAACUUACAUGAACCGGUGUUUAAGCGGGCCCUCUUGUACAAUGUGCCGAUGAAAGAAGGAGACGCCACGUGGCAUAUUCUCGAGUCGUUGUGGAGGAAGCUCGAUGAUCGGUCGUACAGAAGGUCAAGGGUUUUAAGCCAACGAGAAGUCGACAUGUAGGAUUCUGUGUCUGAAUGGAUGCUAGGCUGGAAUUUUUCGGACUGUUUCGGAAUUGGUUAACCGGGAAUGUCUCGAGUGGGGUCCACAACGUGAGGGGAUUAACUCGGGCACGUGAGAUGUUUACUGAGCUGGCAAUUAUUGAGUGGAAUAUUAACGUGCCCCAGGGAAGUGAAAGUGUAAAGUAUUGCUGACGUGUAAUUCUUUUGAUGAGUAGGCAUAUAAAUUCUUUUGAAUAUAGUUGAUCGAAAUGCAAAGUUAUAUCAAAUGUCAACUUCAGUUUAACAUUUAAAAGUAACAACUCUAUCAAA